AUGCAGGACGCGUUGCUGGAGAAACUAGAGGUCAUGCAUGCGUUGCUGGAGAAACUAGAGGUCAUGCAUGCGUUGCUGGAGAAACUAGAGGUCAUGCAUGCGUUGCUGGAGAAACUAGAGGUCAUGCAUGCGUUGCUGGAGAAACUAGAGGUCAUGCAUGCGUUGCUGGAGCCACACAUGUGCAUGGGGACGGGCGAGAGAGGAGAAAAGGGGUAUGGGGGGGGAAGGGGGGAGGGCACGAAGGGGAACAAGGGGCUUGCUUUCCCCCUUCCCUCGCCCCUCGGCCCCCCUGCAGAUGCUGUUGCUGGUGGCGGUGGUGGAGGAGAUGGUAGCGCGCAACGUGCUGGCCAAUGCCAUUGCCGUGCUGCCUGUCAAGUCGCUCAGCCGCUUCCUGCAGUUCUGCCGAAAGUAAACCCCCUCUGCGUGCAACGCACCUCCCUGCGUGCAACGCACCUCCCUGCGUGCAACGCACCUCCCUGCGUGCAAUGCACCUCCCUGCGUGCAACGCACCUCCCUGCGUGCAACGCACCUCCCUGCGUGCAACGCACCUCCCUGCGUGCAACGCACCUCCCUGCGUGCAACGCACCUCCCUGCGUGCAACGCACCUCCCUGCGUGCAACGCACCUCCCUGCGUGCAACGCACCUCCCUGCGUGCAACGCACCUCCCUGCGUGCAACGCACCUCCCUGCGUGCAACGCACCUCCCUGCGUGCAACGCACCUCCCUGCGUGCAACGCACCUCCCUGCGUGCAACGCACCUCCCUGCGUGCAACGCACCUCCCUGCGUGCAACGCACCUCCCUGCGUGCAACGCACCUCCCUGCGUGCAACGCACCUCCCUGCGUGCAACGCACCUCCCUGCGUGCAACGCACCUCCCUGCGUGCAACGCACCUCCCUGCGUGCAACGCACCUCCCUGCGUGCAACGCACCUCCCUGCGUGCAACGCACCUCCCUGCGUGCAACGCACCUCCCUGCGUGCAACGCACCUCCCUGCGUGCAACGCACCUCCCUGCGUGCAACGCACCUCCCUGCGUGCAACGCACCUCCCUGCGUGCAACGCACCUCCCUGCGUGCAACGCACCUCCCUGCGUGCAACGCACCUCCCUGCGUGCAACGCACCUCCCUGCGUGCAACGCACCUCCCUGCGUGCAACGCACCUCCCUGCGUGCAACGCACCUCCCUGCGUGCAACGCACCUCCCUGCGUGCAACGCACCUCCCUGCGUGCAACGCACCUCCCUGCGUGCAACGCACCUCCCUGCGUGCAACGCACCUCCCUGCGUGCAACGCACCUCCCUGCGUGCAACGCACCUCCCUGCGUGCAACGCACCUCCCUGCGUGCAACGCACCUCCCUGCGUGCAACGCACCUCCCUGCGUGCAACGCACCUCCCUGCGUGCAACGCACCUCCCUGCGUGCAACGCACCUCCCUGCGUGCAACGCACCUCCCUGCGUGCAACGCACCUCCCUGCGUGCAACGCACCUCCCUGCGUGCAACGCACCUCCCUGCGUGCAACGCACCUCCCUGCGUGCAACGCACCUCCCUGCGUGCAACGCACCUCCCUGCGUGCAACGCACCUCCCUGCGUGCAACGCACCUCCCUGCGUGCAACGCACCUCCCUGCGUGCAACGCACCUCCCUGCGUGCAACGCACCUCCCUGCGUGCAACGCACCUCCCUGCGUGCAACGCACCUCCCUGCGUGCAACGCACCUCCCUGCGUGCAACGCACCUCCCUGCGUGCAACGCACCUCCCUGCGUGCAACGCACCUCCCUGCGUGCAACGCACCUCCCUGCGUGCAUCGCACCUCCCUGCGUGCAACGCACCUCCCUGCGUGCAUCGCACCUCCCUGCGUGCAUCGCACCUCCCUGCGUGCAACGCACCUCCCUGCGUGCAACGCACCUCCCUGCGUGCAACGCACCUCCCUGCGUGCAACGCACCUCCCUGCGUGCAACGCACCUCCCUGCGUGCAACGCACCUCCCUGCGUGCAACGCACCUCCCUGCGUGCAACGCACCUCCCUGCGUGCAACGCACCUCCCUGCGUGCAUCGCACCUCCCUGCGUGCAACGCACCUCCCUGCGUGCAACGCACCUCCCUGCGUGCAACGCACCUCCCUGCGUGCAACGCACCUCCCUGCGUGCAUCGCACCUCCCUGCGUGCAACGCACCUCCCUGCGUGCAACGCACCUCCCUGCGUGCAACGCACCUCCCUGCGUGCAACGCACCUCCCUGCGUGCAUCGCACCUCCCUGCGUGCAUCGCACCUCCCUGUGUGCAACGCACCUCCCUGCGUGCAUCGCACCUCCCUGCGUGCAACGCACCUCCCUGCGUGCAUCGCACCUCCCUGCGUGCAACGCACCUCCCUGCGUGCAUCGCACCUCCCUGCGUGCAUCGCACCUCCCUGCGUGCAUCGCACCUCCCUGCGUGCAUCGCACCUCCCUGCUUGCAUCGCACCUCCCUGCUUGCAUCGCACCUCCCUGCUUGCAUCGCACCUCCCUGCGUGCAUCGCACCUCCCUGCUUGCAUCGCCUUUCAGUGCCGCUCUAUCCAUUCUCGUUAUGUGCUUCCCAAGGCUCCCUCUGCCAUUGCAUCCCACGUCACUCCACCUCUCUGCAUUCUCCUACACAGUCACACCACCACGCUCACCACUCUUCCCUUCCCGCCUGCACCCGCAUUACCCCCCAACACCCUCGUGCAACCCCCUCCCCCACCAUUCGAGCAGGUUGUUCCUCAUGGUGGCGCAGGUGGUGGGGGCGGAGGCGCAUUUCUUUUCAUUUCUAUCAAUCUCCCCACCCGCUUCCCUUUCUUUUCUCCCCCCCAGUUCCACAUGCUGGCGCAGGUGGUGGGGGCGGAGGCGCAUGCGCUGGCAGAGCUGGCGGAGCUGCAGGGCUUUGUGCUGGCGCUGCUGCGCGCCUCCACUGCUGCCAACGCCAUCUCCACCGCCGAGGCAGACGCCAUCGCCGCUGCUGCCGUCCUCGAGGGUGGGGCCGUGGAGGAUGACGUGCUCUGA